AUGUCCAUGAAGGUUUCGGCUCCAGAUGGAGUAAAGGUAUACAACGUCACCAGCAGCAAGACACUGCCACAAUGGGUGUCGGAGAAGAAGAAGAAGAGCCUUCGCAAAGAUGAAGAGUACAGGCGGAGGAUCGAGCUCAUCCAGGAUCUGGAGUUCCCAGCAGCUUGCCACCGCCUCAAGCUGACCCCAGAUGGCCAGUACCUGUUCGCCACUGGCAUCCACCCACCACGGGUCCGUGUGUACGAGCUUGGCCAGCUCUCCAUGAAAUUCGAGCGCCACUUUGAUGCUGAGAUUGUGGACUUCCAGCUCUUGUCAGAGGACUACAGCAAAGCGGCGUUCCUGUGCGCGGAUCGCUCAGUGCACCUGCAUGCACGCUAUGGGGCGCACUUCAAAACGCGCGUGCCCUGCUUCGGCCGCGAUCUGGCCUAUGCACCAGAGUCUGCUGACCUCCUUAUUGCCGGAUCAGCCCCUGAAAUACACAGGCUGAAUCUGUCGGAGGGGUGCUUCCUGACGCCCCUGCCGAGCCAGUCGCCAGCCGUGAAUGCGUGUGCCGUCAGCCCGGCGCAUGGCCUGUUCGCGGCCGCCGGCGAGGACGGGAAGCUGGAGUGCUUCGACCUGCGCCAGCGCCGCUCGGCCGGGGUCAUUGACGCUGCUGCUGCCGCCGGCGCGGCCGGGGAGGGGUUGACGGCGCUGCGCUUUGACGACGGCGGGUUGCAGUGCGCGGUGGGCACCUCCAACGGCCUGGUGGCCCUGUUCGACCUGCGCGCCUCGCGGCCCAGCAUUGUCAAGGACCACAUGUAUGGGGCACCCAUCAGGGACAUCAAGAAGGUGAUCAGCGCGGACAAGCACAUUGUGAAGCUGUGGGACGCCGCGUCGGGGGACACCUUCACCAACCUGCAGCCGCAGGAGCCGGGCAUCAACGAUGUGCUGCACUGGAGGGACUCGGGCCUGAUCAUGCUCGGCAUGGACGCCCCCCGCAUACAGGCGUACUUUGUGCCAUCGCUGGGGCCGGCUCCCAGGUGGUGCAGCUUCCUGGAGGGCCUCACAGAGGAGCUAGAGGAGAGCGCCACGCCCACGCUAUACGACGAUUACAGGUUUGUGACGCGGGCGGAGCUGGACAAGCUGGGGCUGGGGCACCUGGUGGGCACGCCGCUGCUGCGCGCGUUCAUGCACGGCUACUUCCUGCACAACCGCCUGUGGAACAAGGCGCGCGCCGUCGCGCAGCCCACCUCCUACGAGGACUACCGCCAGCAGCGCAUCUCCAAGAAGCUCGAGGCCGAGCGCCAGUCGCGCAUCGGCCUCGUGCGCAAGCUCCCCAAGGUGAAUGCCAGCCUGGCAGCCAAGGUGUUGGCGUCGCAGCAUGAGGCAGAGGAGGAGGGCGAGGCUGCCGCCGGCAAGCGCGCCAAGAAGCCGGCCUCGGACCUCCUGGCGGACGACCGGUUUAAGUCGCUGUUUGAGGACAGGGCGUUCACGAUUGAUGAGCAGUCUGAGGAGUACAAGGCACUCCAUCCCAAUGCCGACGCCAACCAUCGGCAGAAGCAGCUUCUCAAAGAGCACUUUGAGGAGCUGGGCAGCGAGGGAGAGGAGAGCGAGGAGGAGGAUGACAGGGAGGGUGAUGCCAGCAGUAUGGAGGAGAAGCGGCGGCGCGAGGCCGGAAGCAGAGCAGAGAGCAGCGGCAGGGGCAAGGGUCCCCGGUUGUAUGCGGCAAAGAACGAGGCUGCUGCGGCGGCUUUCAAGGCCCGCGAGUCCCUUGCAGGAGUGCAAUCGUUGCCCCUUGCGGAUCGGCUGGCUGCUGCCGGCAAUGCUGGCGCCCCCGGCCGACAGAGGGUCGGCGGGCAGCGCGAGCUGACCUUCACACCAAAGUCUAGCGGACGGGGCGGGCGGGGCCGAGGUGAAGGGAGGGGCCGAGGCGAAGGGAGAGGCCGAGGCGAAGGGAGAGGCAGAGGGAGGCAGGGGGGAUUCGGCGAUGCAGGUGCCAAAUUUUUUGGUGAGAAGCCCUCAAGAGGCGGCCGCGGCGGCCGUGGAAGGGGCGGCGGUGGCAGAAAGCGUGGCAGGCAUUAG